CCCUUUCUGUUAUUGUUCGGAGCACAGGGGGCUGCUGAGAUGGAGAGUCUCAAGACUGACAUGGAAAUGCUGUAUCCUGAGAUAACUGUAGAAGUGGGCAGAGUGACUUUUGGAGAAGAGAACAGGAGGAAGAUGACCGACAGUUAUUUGAAAAGAACUGAGAAUUCUAAAAUCAUCCGAGCUACAUGUGCACUGUUAAAUUCUGGAGGGGGUGUAAUCAAAGCGGAGAUCGGUGAUAAAACCUACAGUUACCGAUGCCAUGGGCUGGGACAGGAUCUGGAAACUUCUUUUCAAAAGCUCCUUCCUUCGGGUUCACAGAAAUACCUUGACUACAUGCAGCAGGGACACAACCUCCUGAUUUUUGUGAAGUCAUGGAGCCCAGAUGUUUUCAGCCUCCCCCUAAGGAUUUGCAGCUUGCGCUCCAAUUUAUAUCAGAGGGCUGUGACUUCCACUAUCAACUUGAGUGCUAGCAGUGCCCUGGAGCUUCUCAGAGAGAAGCAGUCUAGAUCCCAAAGAGGAAGAUCGAGGGUGAAGGAGCUGCAUGCUCAGAAAGUUCUUGACAGAAACAUUCAGGAAGAGGAAGACAUGAGGAUGUCUGCCUUAGAAUUUUUUAAAAAGGACACGUUCAUGUAUAAGGAGAAACUCAACUUCACUGAGUCAACACAUGUCGAGUUUAAAAGGUUCACCACCAAAAAGAUUGUCCCUCGGAUUAAAGAAAUGCUGCCUCAUUAUGUGUCUGCAUUUGCCAACACUCUCGGAGGAUACCUAAUUAUUGGGGUGGAUGAUAAGAGCAAAGAAGUGUUCGGAUGUAAGAUAGAAAAAGUGAACCCCGACUUAUUAAAAAAAGAAAUAGAAAACUGCAUAGAAAAAUUGCCUACAUUCCACUUCUGCUGUGAGAAGCCAAAGGUGAAUUUCACUACCAAAAUCUUGAAUGUGUAUCAAAAAGGUGUUCUGUAUAGUUAUGUCUGUGUGGUUCGAGUGGAGCCCUUCUGCUGUGUAGUAUUCACAGAGGCCCCGGAUUCCUGGAUCAUGAGGGACAAUGCUGUCACAAGGCUGAUGGCUGAGCCCUGGGUGGCCAUGAUGCUGGAUAUUCAGUCAGCAACCUCCAGUUUGGCUGCAGACAACCUGCUUUCACCAGCUUCAUCUGUACUUAGAAGCCCAUCAUAUCCCAUAAAAGUCUUGGAAUUUAAGGGGGCUCUACAACAACGUUUGUUUCCAGUGACACAAGAAGAGAUACAGUUUAAACCAGAAUCCCUCUGUAAGAAGCUAUUCUCAGAUCAUAAAGGACUAGAGGAAUUAAUGAAGAUGCAGAUAUAUCCUUGUUCUCAGGGGAUUGUGAUAUUUUCUAGAAGCUGGGCUAGUGAUGUUGGCUUAAGGAAAGAGCAGAAUGUCCUGUGCGAUGCUCUCCUAAUAGCAGUUAACAGCCCCCUGGUACUCUACACAAUCUUCAUAGACCCCACCUGGAUGGGAGGGCUUGCAUAUGCCCGAAGCACUGCUCAUCAGUUAAAGCAGAAACUGGGAACUGUUGGUGGUUACACAGGGAAAGUGUGUGUCCUUCCGCGGCUGAUACACCUGCCCAGCAGGCAGUGUAGACCCGGUGAAAUCCCUGUGCACUACCCCCAAUCCUACAGGCUUGCCAAUGAGGAUGAAAUGGAAGACUUGUUGCAGGCCCUUAUCGUGGUCUUACUGGGCUCUAGGUCUCUUCUGAGUGACCAACUGGGCUUUGAAUUUUUCAACUUGCUCAUAGCGGAGCAGUGUGAGUUGCUUUCAGAGAGCCUUCAGGAGACGCGAGAAUUGUUCAUUCACUGCCUUCCAGGAACCAGGAAGACAGCCCUAGCCAUAAAGAUCAUGGAGAAAAUUAAGGACUUGUUCCACUGCAAACCAAAAGAGAUCCUCUAUGUUUGUGAAAGCGACUCGUUAAAGGAUUACGUGGUCCAACAAACCACCUGCCAAGCUGUGACCCAGAAAACCUUCAUGCAAGGGGAGUUCCUAAAGAUUAAACACAUAGUGAUGGAUGAGACUGAGAAUUUCUGCAGUAAAUACGGAGACUGGUACAUGAAGGCUAGGAGCAUCACCCAUCCAAAGGUGAAGGGGGCUGGAAGUGAGAAUCUUCACCAUGGGAUUCUCUGGCUUUUUCUGGACCCUUUCCAAGUCCAUCAUGCAGAUAUCAAUGGCCUUCCCCCUCCAUCUGCUCAGUUUCCUCGAAAAACAGUCUCCAGCGGGAUCCACUGUGCUCUGGAAAUAGCAAUGGUCAUGAAAGAAGAAAUGAAGAGGAUCCAAGAAAAUCCUCCUUCCAACAUGUCUCCAGAGACACUGGCAUUGUUCAGGGAAGCUGCCUUCAAGGAAGCAAUGUGUGCUCAGGCUUUGCCUGGGGUGUGUGAGACAAAGACUAACCUGACAACAGAACAGAUGGUGAAAUACGUGGCAGAAAGAUGUCAUAGCCUCUUCCAGUGUGGCUACCUGCCCAAAGAUAUAGCAAUUCUGUGCAGGAGAGGGGAGGACAGAGGACGCUAUGAGCUUGCACUGCUAAAAGCCAUGGAAUUAAUUGAGACCGGUGGAGCAACAGAAGUUGUGUUCAGCCAGGCCGCUGAUGUUUUGGGCAGCCACAUCGUUUUAGACAGUAUUCAGCAGUUUUCAGGGCUGAAGAGGAGUAUUGUGUUUGGUCUUAGUCCAGAGUGUGCCCUGUUAGAGGAAUUUCAUAAGCUCUGCUUUGCCUCAAGAGCUAUUAAACACCUCUACCUGCUUUAUGAAAAGAGAGCCGACUUCUGAAAAUUAUUUCAAACAGUAUGGGAAGGAAGAAAGAGCCGAGUCCCCUCUCCCUGGCAGGUGGCAGCUACUCCU